AGAAAAUAAAGCAAAGGUAAUAACCAUCACGGGCCUUAUUCCGGUCAAGAGGGGAAGAGCAUAUCGGAGAAGCAGAAAAUGGCUAUGGCGAGUUUAGCCAGGCGAAGAGUGGGUAGCCUCCUGGUCCGGCAGGCGGAGCUUGCUCGAUUUUCGGCGGCAUGGAGAGGAUUUGCGGCAGCGGCGGAGGAGAACGAUGUGGCGGCGAUCGGCGGCGGUCCGAGGGGGUACGUGGCUGCUAUCAAGGAUGCGCAGCUAGGGCUUAAGACUACAUGCAUCGAGAAGAGGGGAUCCCUUAGCGGUAUCUGCCUUAAUGUCGGCUGCAUUCCUUCAAAGAUCUUUCCAUGCAGACCUUCCCAAUUUCUAUAUGGUGGACGCACACAAUCUUUUGCUCUCUGUUCCUUUGCAGAGGCAGCGAUUAGAGGUAUGAAACAUCAAGCAGAAAAUGCUGAGCCGGUGCUUUCUCAAUCGCCUUCUACUGAGGAUAAUGUUAAGAUAGAGCGUGGAUUCACUAAUAAGAUUUCUCUUGAACCUAAUGAACUGGAUGCAAAAAGGGUCAUUUCCUUCAGUCCUCUGGAAGGAGCUGCCAUUGGCAGACGAGCCAGUGCAUUGGUCAAGGAAAGCCUGAAAAUAAAGAGAAGCGAACUUUCCCAAAGGAUCACAUUUGCUCUCAUACCAGCUUUGCUGUUAAUAUCAAAGAACAGCUUUACCACAUCACUUCUGAUACUCUCAGUUUAUUGGCAAAUCUAUGGUUUCUUCAAAGAAAUCUUUCUGGAUUAUGUUCAUCACGAGGUAACCCAAAAAUGGGUUCUUAUUUAUUUCCAACUGCUGCUUUUGGUUCUUGCUAAGGACACCAUCCUUUAUUUCAAUUUGGUGUAAUAUAUAUCCUGUAAGCUUUCUGUGCUAUUGCCCAUACUAGGAACAAUUUAGUGGCUGAUCUAUGAGGAAGCUAUCUUUUAUUCUACUUUUUUUUUUUUUAUUGACUUCCAGUUUUAUUUCCAUUUUACUGGUGUAAGGAGGCUGUAUGGAGGCCAGGAUUUGCAUUGUUGUGUGAGGGGGGAUCUGUUGAACACAUCGAAUGUUGCAUCAAAAAUAAAUGGAUCAUGGUGCUUGUUAAGAAUA